AUGCCCUUUGUCCAGCCCAGCGUCGAGCCUUUGCCUGCUGGCAUAGACCUCACCAACAAGACAGCCAUAGUAACAGGCGCAACAUCAGGCAUCGGCCUUGAACUCUCCCGCCAACUCCUCGCCCUGAACCUAUCAACGCUUGUCAUUGCAGUACGAAAUGUCUCCAAGGGUGAACAAGUUCGGCGAGAUCUCUUGGCUGAGAACCCCAAUGCCGUGGUGGAAGUGAUGAAGCUCGACAUGGAGGACUACGACAGCACAAGGGCCUUUGCUAAGGGUUUUAGAAGUGCUCAUGGAAAGCUGCACUUACUUAUGCUGAACGCUGGUAUAAGUGAUAUCCAAUUCAGUCUUGCGCCGUCUGGUCAUGAGAAGAACUUUCAGGUUAACUACCUCUCCAACGUUCUUCUGACUCUUCUCCUUCUGCCGGUUCUUGAAGAUACUGCGCAGAAAGAGGGAUUCCCAACACGCAUUACAUGGACAUCAAGCCGCAUGCAUCUCAGAACUAGCCUUGCCAGUAAAGUGCCCCUCAAGAAAGACGAGGGUAUCUUUGAGCACUACGACGCCGCUGGUGUGGUCCCUCCUCUCACUCGCUACGGCGACGUCAAGCUCCUCGUUCUUCUCUUCCAGCGCGAGCUCGCCAAGCGAUACAAACCGGAAAAGGUUAUCAUGAACCACUUCUGCCCCGGGAUGAUACAAACCUCUCUGACUGAUAUCCUGCCGUGGUACAUCCGUCUUCCAGCGGUGCUGCUUGUAGCGCUGAGGGCAAGGUCGGUGGACAAGGCUGGUUGGAUCGGACUCAAUGCUGCGCUGGUGGUUGGUGAGGAAACGCAUGGCAGGUUAUUGGGGGAUAAGGAUAUUGCGGAAUGGGGAGAUUUUGUAACGUCGGAGGAGGGAGAGAGGGUUCAGAAGUUGUUGUGGAAGGAGACGGUUGAGGAGAUGAGAAGGAUGGUUGAGAUACCUUCUUGGAUGGGGUGA